AUGGAGUAUAAACGAACUGGUCUGGUUUUCACUGAUUUAUGUGUUAAUCACCCCAAAGAAAUACUGAAACAUGUUUCUGGAGUAGCGACAAUGGGAAACAUUUUGGCUGUUAUGGGUCCUAGUGGUUCUGGAAAAACAACUUUGCUGAAUGCUUUAGCAGGAAGUGUUCACGUCACCUCCGGGAAGAUAACUCUUGAUGGAUCUUCAUUUGGCAAACAACAGCGACGUCGUCUUGGUUACGUUCUCCAGGAUGAAGUCUUCCUGUCCAACCUGACGUUAUGGGAGACAUUAUAUUUUACAGCGAUUCUAAGUAUGCCAGAAACAACUUCACAAGAACAGAAAUUGCAACAAAUAGACAGCAUCGUGAAAUCCCUAGGACUUGAAAAGUGUCUUCAUACAGUUGUUGGUGACAUCUUUAAUAGUGGUUUAUCUGGUGGAGAAAGGAAAAGGACAAGCAUUGCAUGUGAACUUCUCCGAGACCCAGACCUACUUCUGAUAGACGAACCUACCUCUGGGUUAGACUCGAGCAUUGCACAUGACUUGAUGGUACAGCUGAGAGACUAUGCUACGAAUUACAACAAGACAUUAGUAACAACCAUUCACCAGCCUUCUAGUCAAGCCUUCCACAUGUUCUCCAACCUACUGCUUUUACUUGAGGGACAGGUAGUAUACUUUGGCCCUGCGGACUCUGCACUAAACUAUCUGACUAGUCUCGGAAUAUCAUUUCUAGACGAAUAUAAUCCUGCCGAUAUUUUGUUGGAUGUAAUUACGUCAGACUGCGACACCGUUUGUACAAUCAAUGAAGGGGCUAUACAGAAAAGAUAUAACAACACUGUACCAGAUGGAAAGACUCUUUAUAGCUAUCACACAAACGGCGUGGAACCUCGGGGGAAUGAAGAAACAUCUGGCUGUACUGUUCUUGAUAUUGUUGAUGAUGGAGAAACACAUCGAUGGCCUUCUUCGUUCUGGACUCAGUUUGCAAUACUAAACUGGAGAUCAUUCAAACAAGUAAAAGGAAACCUUUCUGUACUGGAUGUCCUCGUUCCUGGUGUACUGGCUGUUACAGCAUCACUCAUUUUCUUCCAAAUAGGGAAUGAAGAAACGACAGCAAGAGACAAAUUCGGUUUGGUGUUCUUCACCUUCGUUUUCCUGGGAUAUAGUACGUGUUUAACUACAGUUAGACAUUUUGAUACUGAGAGAGGUGUGGUGAGAAAGGAACGGUCAGCAGGAGUUUACCGAUUGUCCGCCUACUACCUGUCUAAGAUGACCAGUGAACUACCACUUGUGCUGAUAAGUCCUGUGUUAAUGAUAACAAUGAUCUACUGGGUCGUCGGACUGGGAGAGGUGGAUGGUUAUUUUGUGUUCCUGAGUAUCGGAAUACUUUACACUCUAAUGAUGCAGAGUGUGGCCCUUGUGAUCGGAUUUUGUAGUUCUGACCUGCGCUUCAAUACGGUCGUCGUAUUCAUGUGCUUGAAUGUGUCUCUAAACCUAGGAGGGGUUUAUACAGUCAAUCCUCCAGAAUGGCUAGUUUGGGGUAAAUAUUUGGCUUUCUUUCACUACCCCUCCGCAGCUACAAUGACGUACCUGUUGGUGGACAUAGACCCUAUGAG